ACUUGUCACUGUUAUUUCUGACAUGAACAGGUCCCCAUGGCUAGAGGCAGCAAAUGUCCAACAGCAGCUCCCUCACCCAGUUCCUCCUCCUGGCAUUUGCAGACAGGAGGGAGCUGCAGCUCCUGCACUUCUGGCUCUUCCUGGCCAUCUCCCUGGCUGCCCUCCUGGCCAACGGCCUCAUCCUCAGCGCCGUAGCCUGUGACCACCACCUGCACACACCCAUGGGCUUCUUCCUGCUCAACCUCUCCCUCACAGACCUGGGCUGCAUCUGCACCACUGUCCCCAAAGCCAUGCACAAUUCCCUCUGGGACACCACAACCAUCUCCUACAUGGGAUGUGCUGCACAGCUCUUUUUCUUUGUCUUUUUCAUCUCAGCAGAGUUUUCCCUCCUCACCACCAUGUGCUACGACCGCUACGUUGCCAUCUGCAAACCCCUGCACUACGGGACCCUCCUGGGCAGCAGAGCUUGUGCCCACAUGGCAGCAGCUGCCUGGGCCACUGGGUUUCUCAAUGCUUUGCUGCACACAGCCAGUACAUUUUCCCUGCCCCUGUGCCAGGGCAAUGCCCUGGGCCAGUUCUUCUGUGAAAUCCCUGCCAUCCUCAAGCUCUCCUGCUCACACUCAGGCUACCUCAGGGAAAUUAGCCUUCUUGCAGUUUGUGGUUUUCUGUUUUUAGUGUGCUUUGUUUUCAUUGUUUUCUCCUAUGUGCAGAUCUUCAGGGCUGUGCUGAGGAUCCCCUCUCAGCAGGGACGGCACAAAGCCUUUUCCACGUGCCUCCCUCACCUGGCCGUGGUCUCCCUGUUUCUCAGCACUGGCAUAUUUUCCUACUUGAAGCCCCCCUCCAUCUCCUCCCCAUCCCUGGACCUUGUGGUGGCAGUUCUGUACUCGGUGGUGCCUCCAGCACUGAACCCCCUCAUCUACAGCCUGAGGAACCAGGAGUUCAAGGAUGCCCUAAGGAAAAUGAAGACUACAUGUUUUUGAGACACAAUAAACUGCCUCUUUUCUUCUGCAGAACACUCAUUGUGUAACACAUUUUGGGCCCAGCCUGCCUUGCUAAGCUUUUGAUAGUGUUUGGGACGGGGGCCUUCCCUGUUUUUUUCCUCUGUUCAUGUCAUUAACACUGAAAUUUUAUUCUUCGUCCCAUAUACAAUUCACUCUCUACCUCUUUUUUUUCACCCACAAAGUAUAGAAAUCAGAAAUAAUGUUCUGUGUGCAUUUAAACAAAAUAAAAGUUUGUGCAGCAAGGUAUUUGUCAAACAUUCU